AUGGACCAACAAACUCAGAGAGUAAAGAUUCCCUGCAAUCAUAUGUUAAGAUACAUAGACUUGGAGUUUGCCGUAGAUCCUCAACACUGGAUAUACAGAAGCCCAUCACACAAUUGCGAUGGAUGUGGUAUAGCAUCUGGUUACGGCUAUUACUGUUCAAGAUGCCAGUUUGGAGCGCAUGCAGAAUGCAUCGACGGCCUAGACAUCAUCACCCACCCGAGUCACUCCAAACAUCCUCUCAAGAAUGUCCUAACUAAGACAGUUGACUAUACAGAUAGUAGAUGCCAUUUUUGUAGAAGAGUACUUGGUGAGCGGAUGUAUCAUUGUUCCACAUGUAACUUCAGCAUAGAUAUGGAUUGUUGGAUUAUACAGCCACCCCUUACUAUCUACCAACCAAAGAGCCACAACCAUACAUUCACCCUCAUGCCGGUAAGAAAUUCCUUCACUUGUAAUGGGUGUGGGAUAGUUGAUUGUAUUGAUUUGCCCCGAGUCAUAAAUAUUAAUCGUCAUGAACACCGCAUUUCUCGCACUUAUCAUCUUGGACAUGGUGAUUGGCAAUGUGGAGUUUGUCGCAAAAAGAUGGAUUGGACCUGUGGAGCUUUCUCUUGCAAGAAGUGUCCUAGUUAUGCUGUUCAUUCAAAGUGUGCGAUAAGGAACGAUGUGUGGGAUGAAAAAGAACUCGAAGAUGAGCCUGAAGAAAAAGAAAUUCGGUAUACGUACCAGGUAAUAAAUGAAAAAGAAAUCAAACAUUGUAGCCAUCGACAUAAUCUAAGACUUAGGGAUGAUAACGCUGCCGAGUAUGAAGAGAUGUUGUGUGAAGCUUGCAUCGCUCCAAUCAGUUCUGAUCCAUUCUUCAAAUGUGUGCAAUGCGAGUUCUUCCUUCAUAAAGUAUGUGCAAUUCUUUCUUAUAAGAAACGACAUAUCCUGCACAAACACAGGCUUUCACUAGAAACUGGUUCUUCGUUUAUGGCUAGGGAGUAUUUCAAGUGUACCUACUGUCGUCAGUUUUUUGAUGGGUUCAUGCACUAUUGUGAGUCUUUUUGUAAUCUUGAAUUAGAUCUGCGGUGUGCGAACAUUUCUGAGCCUUUUCACCAUGAACUGCACCCCCAUCCCUUAUACCGCACUUCGACAGAGCCUAAGACUUGUGGAGGAUGUGGUAAAGAUUCAGAGUAUGUCUUAUGCUGUAUUGUUUGUGAGUUCGCUUUAGGCAUGGAAUGUGCCACUUUACCAAGAAAAGUGAAACACAGAUGCGACGAUCACGUUUUAUCGUUGCAUCAUGGUGCUGGAAACUCAAAAGGUCAAUUGUGGUGUGAUAUUUGUGAAGGAAAGACAGAUCCAAGCGUAUGGUUUUAUGGAUGUGAUGAAUGUGGGGUCACUCUCCAUAUCAAGUGUGUACUUGGAGACAUGUAUUACUUCAAAGCAGGGAGAAAAUACCGCAGAGGUGAACUAGUUCCCAACGAUGGUAUGACUAGACCAUUCUGCACGGUUUGUAAGAUGCGUUGCAUGUUCCCUUUCUUUCUUAAGAGUAUUGCUUCAGAUUCAACUGUUGUAUACGCUUGUUCAAUGGAGUGUACAGAAAACUCCUGGUACUUUCGAUGGCUGUGA